AUGCUGACUUUACGCUUUUUUUUUUACAGCAAGACCUUCCUGGCUCGCCUAUGCGAGCAGGCUGAGCGUUACGAUGAGAUGGUUACCUACAUGAAGGAGGUUGCCAAGCUGGGCGGUGAGCUGACUGUCGAUGAGCGUAACCUUCUCAGCGUGGCUUACAAGAACGUUGUCGGCACCCGCCGUGCCAGCUGGCGCAUCAUCUCGUCCAUCGAACAGAAGGAGGAAUCUAAGGGCUCCGAGAAGCACGUUGGCACCAUCCGCGAGUACCGUGACAAGAUCGAGGCCGAGCUGGAGAAGGUCUGCCAGGAUGUCCUGGAUGUUCUCGACGAGAGCCUGAUCCCCAACGCUGCCAGUGGCGAAUCCAAGGUUUUCUACCACAAGAUGAAGGGUGACUACCACCGCUACCUGGCAGAGUUCGCCUCUGGCGACAAGCGCCGCGGUGCCGCGACGGCUGCCCACGAGGCAUACAAGAGCGCUACCGACGUUGCCCAGACCGAGCUGACCCCGACGCACCCCAUCCGCCUCGGCCUGGCCCUGAACUUCUCGGUGUUCUACUACGAGAUUCUGAACUCGCCCGACCGUGCGUGCCACCUGGCCAAGCAGGCCUUCGAUGACGCCAUUGCCGAGCUCGACUCGCUCUCGGAGGAGUCAUACAGAGAUAGCACCCUGAUCAUGCAGCUCCUGCGCGACAACCUGACCCUGUGGACGUCGUCGGAUGCCGUCGACGCCGAGACCACUCCUGCCGAAGCCGCUAAGGAGGAGGAGAAGGCUCCCGCUGCCGAGACGGAGGAGUCUGAACCCAAGGCUGCCGAGCCCGAGCCGGAGGCUGCUUCGUAA